AUGUGGAUUUUCCCUAUUCUGUCGAUGCCUUUUUUCCACGCAUACUGCUCUCGUCCCAAGGCAUGUAAAGCCCCCGUUUCAGCUCUGCUUUUGAGACGUCUCAAAAGCCCCCGUUUCAGCUCUGCUUUUGAGACGUCUCAAAAGCCCCCGUUUCAGCUCUGCUUCCGCAUCUUUCCGUCAACUAUAUCUAGUGUGGCAGAGCGAGUGGCAUGGCAUGGGAGAGGGGCGAGGCAUUGGGGGACAGUGUGGGGUACCGCAUUCGGCUGGACAGCAACUCUUGUUUUCGCUCAUUCUCCUGUCCCUACCCCACCCCAUACCAACAGUGUGGCAGAGCGUGUGGCAUGGGAGAGGGCUGAAGCAUUGGGGGACAGUGUGGGGUACCGCAUUCGGCUGGACAGCAACCCUCGGUUUCGCUCAUUCUCGUGUUACCAUAUCCCACCCCCUCCCCACAGUGUGGCAGAGCGUGUGGCAUGGGAGAGGGGCGAGGCGUUGGGCGACAGUGUGGGGUACCGCAUUCGGCUGGACAGCAACCCUCGGUUUCGCUCAUUCUCGUGUUACCAUAUCCCACCCCCUCCCCACAGUGUGGCAGAGCGUGUGGCAUGGGAGAGGGGCGAGGCGUUGGGCGACAGUGUGGGGUACCGCAUUCGGCUGGACAGAAACCCUCGGUUUCGCUCAUUCUCGUGUUACCAUAUCCCACCCCCUCCCCACAGUGUGGCAGAGCGUGUGGCAUGGGAGAGGGGCGAGGCGUUGGGCGACAGUGUGGGGUACCGCAUUCGGCUGGACAGCAACCCGCCCAGGGCCAGAGGCAGCAUCCUGUUCUGUACUGUCGGCAUCCUGCUGAGGCGAAUGCAGGUGUGUUUGUGUGGGGGGCAUUGA